AUGAGUAAACGAACUGAAGAUGAGACGGAAGCUGCAAGAAAGCGUCCUGAGUUGCAGAAAGCGAGGUUCCAAGAGAUACAGGAGGCAUUGCAAAUGGCAAGGCAAAAGCAGCAGAAAGACGUGGAGGCUGAAAAAGAGUUGGAUCUGAUUUACAGAGACGAAGCAGAAAGACUGUGGCGUAAACGUGAAGCGGAGUGGGCUGCGGAACAAGCGGCGAGAGCGAAGUUGUUGCAGGCGGUUUUGAACGAACGAGCGCAACAAGUGGAUGAGAAAUUGAGCAGACUAGAAGUAGCGAAGAGAGAAAACAUGGAGGAGCGUGAGAAGGCGAUUCGUGAGAUGCAAAUUCUGAGAAUGGAGGCAGAGGCCGAGGAGUUGGAGAAAGAAGAGGUGAAGGUGGCGAGGGCCGUUUGA